AUUAAAAUUUUAAAUAAUUCAAAAAAAUGUGAACAUAUCCAUCCUUUGUUUUCUCCAUGUUGUUAUCGAUGUUGUUGUUUUGAGACAGAAAAACAACAACAACAACAACAACAAAAUCUGGUCAUUUUUUUUCCUGGCAUGCCUCUUGAAAACUAUUGAUUCAACCACAACAACAAUUGAGCAACAACAACAACAACAACAAUUGGGGAAAAAAAUGUCAUUUCUAGCACUUGAUUCGUCUUGUUCCUGGCAGGAUCGUCGUGAUCUUGUAUCCGGUGGUGGUAGUGGUGGUGGUGGUCACAGUAUUACUGGUGGUGGUAAUAAUAGCGGCAUUGGCCUAGGUGCCACUAGUCUUGUUGGACCAAAUUUAGCAAGUAUAACCGGAGGUUCACCAUUUGGUGCCGGCACAACAACCGGUAGUGGUAACACUCGGUUAACACCACAUACACCAACAUCAGCGACAGCAGAUUUUCAACCACCGUAUUUUCCACCACCAUAUAAUAUACAACAACAACAUACAAUCGAUUUUCAUCAUGCACAUGCAGCUGCUGCAAUGGCUGUUGCAACAUCAGCAACCGAUCCAUAUGGUCAUUUAAGUAGUUUAUCUGGUCCACAUCAACAACAACAACAACAAUAUCAUACACAUCAUCAACAUCAGCAACAACAACAACAACAACAUACGAAUUUAACACAAUUUCAUCAUAAUAAUAAUCAUAAUAAUACAAGACAAUCAGCACAUCAAUUAUUACAACAAACAACUAGUCGAAAUCAACAAAGAAAUAAUAACGGUGGUGGUGGUGGUGGCAGUAAUAGUGUUAAUGUUGUUGACAAUGACAAUGUUGAUAUUCAUUUACAUUCACCGAAUCAUCAUUUAUCCAAUCAUUUACAACAACAUCAACAACAUUAUACAGCAACCGAUUUACAGAUGGCCAUUAAUAAUCGUAGAUCAACAGCGGCGUCAUCGAUAACAGCGGCAACUACAACAUCAUCGACAUCGUCAUCAUCAUCAUCGGUUGAUAAUGAAACAUCAUCAACAUCGGCUGCGGCAGCAGCAUCAUUGUAUGUAUCAUCCACUAAUUUACGAAGACCGGAUGUAUUAAUGCAUGGUGCAGCUGCUGCUGCUGCGGCCGCAGCAGCGGCCGCUGCCGCUGCAUCAUCUAAUUCACAUCAUCAUCAUCAUCAUAAUCUACAUCAUCAUCAUCAUCAUCCGCAUCAUAAUCAUCAUUCACAUCAUCCACAUCAUCAUCAUCAUCAUUUAAUUGAUCAAGAUUUGCUCAAUCUACAUACAUCUACAUUACCAUUGGAUCAUGAUCAAACACAGGGCGCAAACCUGGAUGAUACAUCGAACAUAUUUUCAUCACCUGAACAUCCUAAUAAUAGUGUUAUUAGAAAAAAUAUUGUCAAUGGUAAUGGAAUAAAACAACGUAAUAAUAAUAAUGAUAUGCAUAAAGAUAUGAUCAUUACUGGUGUAACAUCACCAGCAGAUGUAUUCUGUUCAGUACCUGGCCGAUUAUCAUUAUUAAGUUCAACAUCAAAAUAUAAAGUAACAGUCGGUGAAGUACAUCGUCGUCUUUCGCCACCUGAAUGUUUAAAUGCAUCAUUAUUGGGCGGUGUAUUACGGAGAGCAAAAUCGAAAAAUGGUGGAAAAUCAUUACGUGAAAAAUUGGAAAAAAUUGGUCUAAAUUUACCGGCAGGUCGUAGGAAAGCGGCAAAUGUUACACUAUUGACAUCAUUGGUUGAAGGAGAAGCAUUACAUUUAGCAAGAGAUUUUGCAUAUGUAUGCGAUACAGAAUUUCCGGCCAAACAAAUGGCUGAAUAUCUAUGUCGAAAUAAUUCUGAACCAGCAGAUAUUUAUAGACGUAAAGAAUUAGUAUUAUCAACCAAGCAAUUAUUAAAAGAAUUUAUGGAUCUACUAAAUCAGGAUCGUUCACCAUUAUGUAAUGGUCGACCACAGCCAAUACUUGAUUCAAAUAUACAGCGAAAUUUAACACAUUUUUCAUUAAUAACACAUGGUUUUGGUAGUCCAGCUAUUGUUGCUGCAUUAACAUCUGUACAGAAUUUUCUUACAGAAUCACUAAAAUACCUCGAAAAACAAUUGAAUACGUAUUCAAAUCAAGGUGUUGGUGGUGUCGGUGGUAUUGGUGGUGGUUUGAAUAUCGGCCACCAUCAUUUAUCAUCAUCAACAACAAAUUUAUCAGCGGAUGCCGCUGCUGCUGCAGCAGCGGCAGCAGCCGCUUCUGUAGCAGCUAAUCUAAUUGAAACAAAAAAAGAGAUUGACAUAGUCACAAAACAAAAAUGAAAAUAACAAACAAUCUUCAAGUAUCUUUGCUCUCUUUCUCUCUCCAUAAUAUAAUAUCUUUAUCUUUUAAUCGAAAAAAAACAUUUACACACACACACACAACCUUUGAACUUUUCACUCAUUAUUUAACACCUUGAAUAUCAUACACACACAGACACACAUUUUUAAUUGUAAAAUUUUCGACCACAUUCAUUCAUUCAUUCAUUGUCAUC